AUGGUAUCUCUCGAUAUUUUGGACGAUGUGCAGCGGAUGAACAAGCGGCAGCUCUAUUAUCAAGUCCUAAAUUUUGGAAAGAUUGUCUCCUCGGCACUAAUGCUCUGGAAGGGGUUAACGGUUAGAACUGGAAGUGAAAGUCCAGCUGUGAUUCAUGAAAAGCAAAAUGGACGUAUGAAGUUUCUGACCAAAGGAGAUAACAGUGUGGUUGAUGACCGAGGCCUGUAUAAACAAGGACACCAUUGGCUAGAGAAGAACGAUGUUGUCAGGAGAGCGAGGGGAUUUGUUCGUUACGUUGGGAUUGUGAAGAUCCUCAUGAAUGACGAUCCUAAAUUUAAGUGUGCAGUACUCUUUUUGCUGGUCCAUUAUGGGAAAUCUGCGUUUCGGAGUGGCUCCAUGGGAAUGAUGGGGCAAGAAAGGGCUGGGGUCACGGCUGUGGUGAGCAGUAAGCAGUGGGUGUCCACCGGGGAAUUAGAGGACCAGGUCCUGCUCACCGUGCUCUGUCUCAGGCAUGGGAAUCUUACAACGGCUGCUAAAGGGAUAGUUGCACUUCUCCUGGCCGCCCCAGAAGAGCACCCCCUCCACCUCGGAGAACUCGGAGACCACACAGCAGACCUCCCGGACACCUGCUUUCCUCAUAGUCCUUGUAUUUUCCAAGACCGCGAGAAAGGCACACAGCAGGAAACUGCUUAG